AUGACUAAUGGACCUACACCAAUCCUAUUAUCACCUUGUAAACCGUCACCCUGUGGCUUUAACGCCAUUUGCAAGGAACAGUUUGGUGUCGGAUCCUGUUCUUGUUUAUUAGAUUAUAUUGGCAAUCCUUAUGAAGGAUGUCGUCCUGAAUGCGUGGUUGAUACAGAUUGCAUAUCUAUUCUUGCUUGCGUACAAUCAAAGUGCAGAGAUCCAUGUCCUGGUGUCUGCGGACAAUUUACCGAAUGUCAAGUUAUUAAUCAUCGACCAUCUUGCACAUGUAUUUCCGGUUAUAGUGGCAAUCCCUUCCAAUAUUGUACUGUGAUACGCGAUGUUGUCGAUACUCCGAGAGAUGUUUGCAAUCCGUCACCUUGCGGACCCAACAGCCAGUGUCGUGUUAAUAACAAUCAAGCAGUCUGUUCUUGCUUACCGACUUUCAUCGGUAGUCCACCUGCAUGUCGACCUGAAUGCGUGACAAGUUCGGAUUGUUCCCUUAAUCUUGCUUGCUUGAAUCAAAAGUGCCAAGAUCCUUGCCCUGGAUCUUGCGGCAAAAAUUCGAAUUGCAGAGUCAUCAAACAUAAUCCGAUUUGCUCUUGCAAGAAUGGUUAUACUGGAGAUCCAUUUACUGUUUGCUUUCAGACACCUGUGAGUCCGCCUGUUGUAAGUGAUAUUACGAGAGAUCCGUGCAUACCAUCCCCUUGUGGCAUGUUUUCCGAAUGUCGUGAUAUCGGAGGAGUGCCAUCGUGUUCUUGUUUACCAACAUACAGAGGCAGUCCACCAAAUUGUAAACCAGAAUGCACAAUCAAUGCAGAAUGCCCAGCUAAUAUGGCUUGCAUGCAGCAAAGAUGUAAAGAUCCCUGUCCAGGCUUAUGCGGCAUUAUGGCCGAAUGUAGUGUCGUAAAUCAUGUACCGAUUUGCUCGUGUUUACCUGAUUACACUGGCGAUCCUUUCAUUGGAUGUUCCGUAAAACCACUCAUUGUUGCCCCUUCCAAACCGGAUCCAUGCACACCUUCGCCUUGUGGACCUAAUACGCAAUGUAAUGGAGGAAUUUGUAAUUGUAUAGCAGAAUAUUUUGGGGAUCCUUACAGCGGUUGUCGACCAGAAUGCGUAUUGAAUAAUGAUUGUCCGAAUACGCGAGCGUGUGUGCGAAAUAAAUGUGUGGAUCCUUGUCCGGGUGUUUGUGGUCAAAAUGCUAUAUGCAAUGUGUACAAUCAUGUUCCUAUGUGUACUUGUCCCUCGGGAAUGGACGGAAAUGCUUUCGUCCUAUGUUCUCCCGUGCCAGCUGAGGAUCCAUUACCUGUACUUAAUCCUUGUCAACCAUCACCGUGUGGACUAAACGCGCAAUGCCAAGUGAUUAAUGAUCAACCCUCUUGCUCGUGCUUGCAAGAAUUUAUUGGAUCACCUCCGAACUGUCGGUAUGAAUGUAUUAGCAACAGCGAAUGCUCGAACAAAAUGGCUUGCAUCAACCAAAAAUGUCGCGAUCCGUGCAUCAAUGCGUGCGGCAUCAAUGCCGUUUGCAAUGUUGUUAGUCACACACCAAUGUGCGCCUGCACCCCUGGUUACACUGGCGAUCCGUUUACGCAAUGUUCUCCCCAGCAAUUUGAUGUACAGCCUAGCGUACCCACGCCAUGCACACCAUCUCCGUGUGGUGCAAAUGCAGUAUGCAGAAUUCAGCAAAAUGCUGGUUCUUGCUCGUGCUCGACCGAUUAUAUUGGCAAUCCUUAUGAAGGGUGCAGACCUGAGUGUACACUCAAUUCCGACUGUCCGUCCAAUCAAGCAUGUAUUGGUUUAAAAUGUAAAGAUCCAUGUCCAGGAACAUGCGGCCAAAACGCACAAUGCUACGUAAUUAAUCAUGCACCAACUUGUACUUGCUUUGAGCGGUAUACAGGAAAUCCAUUCAUAUUUUGCAACCUUAUCGUUGAAGCCCCGGUGGUAGCAGAUAAGGUUAAUCCCUGUCAAUUAUCUCCUUGCGGACCAUAUAGUCAAUGUAGAGAAAGCAACGGUCAAGCUGUUUGUUCUUGUCUACCGACUUAUAUUGGCGCACCACCCGGUUGUAGACCCGAAUGUACAGUUAGCACAGAUUGUGCGAUAAAUCGAGCUUGCGAAAAUAAUAAAUGUGUUGAUCCUUGUCCCAAUUCUUGCGGUCAGGCUGUUCCGAGUUACUUACCAAGCCUGCCCUCAGACCCUUGCAUACCGUCACCGUGCGGAUCUAAUUCGCAAUGUCGCAACAUCAACGGUUAUCCAUCCUGUUCUUGUAUGAUUAAUUACAUUGGUACACCACCAAAUUGUCGUCCAGAAUGCGUUAUUUCUGCCGAUUGUCCGAGCAAUCAAGCUUGUAUUCGCGAGAGAUGCCAAGAUCCCUGUCCAGGUUCUUGUGGUCUGAAUUCUGAUUGUACUGUUCAUAAUCACAUUCCAAUCUGCAGAUGUAUAGAAAGUUAUACUGGUGAUCCGUUUAUUGGUUGUCAGCCUGUACCAAUAUACAAUGAGCCAACGCAGCCAAUUGAUCCAUGCAAUAGAUCACCUUGUGGACCAAACGCUCAAUGCAACAACGGCAUUUGCAUUUGUUUAUCUGAAUACUUUGGCGACCCACACGUUGGCUGUCGACCAGAAUGCGUAUUUAGUACAGAUUGUUCAAUUGACAAAGCAUGCAUACGAAACAGAUGUGUCGAUCCUUGUCUAGCCCCGUCCGUGACAAGACCAUGCAGCCCGAAUCCUUGUGGUCCAAACAGCAUAUGUAGAGAAUUAAAUGGACAAGCUGUGUGUACUUGUGCACCAGAGUUUCUCGGAUCACCGCCUCUCUGCCGACCCGAAUGUACCCUUAGCUCUGACUGUCGGCCGAACGAAGCUUGCGCUAAUCAAAAAUGUAAAGAUCCUUGCCCUGGUACAUGCGGCAUCCAAGCAAGAUGCAUAGUCGUCAAUCACAACCCUGUUUGCUCAUGCCCCGAGAGCUACACAGGCGACCCAUUUAUCAGAUGCGAUAUUAUGAAACCAAUAGUAGUAAUAAACCCUUGUCAGCCUUCACCCUGUGGUCCGUACGCUCAGUGCCAAGUCGUUAACGAUUUGCCAUCCUGCUCGUGUCUAUCUGAAUACAGAGGCUCUCCCCCGUAUUGCCGACCUGAAUGUAUCUCAAAUCCUGAGUGCCCUAGCCAUCAAAGUUGUAUGCGACAAAAAUGUAGGAAUCCCUGCCCAGGUUUAUGUGGGGAAAAUGCAGAAUGUCAUGUGAUACAACACGUGCCCCAUUGCGUCUGUUCCUACGGUCUCACCGGUGAUCCGUACACGCGUUGCUCUGCGAUACCACGCCCAAUAGAACAGGAACCAGUAUCGUCGCCUUGCGUAAACUUUGAAUGUGGUGCGAAUGCAAUAUGUAGAGAGCGAGACAAUAUCGCAAUUUGUCAGUGUAGCUCUAGCUAUGUCGGUAAUCCGUACUUAGCGUGUCGACCCGAAUGCAUUAUUAAUCCUGAUUGUGCAUCCAAUUUGAUGUGCGUAAGAAACAAGUGCACCAAUCCUUGCGCCGGUAUGUGCGGCCAAAACGCCGAGUGCUCAGUCGUUAAUCAUCAACCGAUGUGCACAUGUCUUCCUGGAUAUACCGGAGAUCCUUUCAUUUCUUGUUCCAUAGACAAAAUAAUCUCAGAUGAGAACGUUUGCGCCCCAUCACCCUGUGGACCCAACAGCAAAUGCAAAGAAGUGUCCGGACAGGCUGUUUGUUCAUGCCUUCCGACAUACAUUGGAACCCCACCUGCAUGUAGACCUGAAUGCGUCGCUAGCUCAGAGUGUUCCCCACAAUUAGUAUGCAAGGACUACAAAUGCGUGAACCCCUGCCCAAGUCCAUGCGGACUCAAUACCAAUUGUAUGGUCGUUAAUCAUAGUCCUAUCUGUAGUUGUAUGUCCGGUUACAGCGGAGAUCCAUUCACCAUAUGCUCUUUAAUUCCACCCAUAACGCCGCCAUUAGUACAGAAAGACCCUUGCGUGCCAUCCCCGUGUGGUAGUUUCUCCCAAUGCAGAAAUAUCGGUGGUUCUCCUGCGUGUAUCUGUUUGGAAAAUUAUAUUGGCCAACCACCUAAUUGCAGACCUGAAUGUAGCAUACACUCGGAAUGUGCGAGUGAUAAGGCUUGUAUUAAUAUGAAAUGUGUAGAUCCAUGUCCCGGAUCAUGUGGCACCAAUGCCCUGUGUUCGGUUAUCAACCAUAUUCCCACGUGCAGAUGUCCCGAAGGAUACACUGGAAAUACGUUUGUCCUUUGCGAGAUAUUGCCAGCAAUAUCCACUCCAUCCCCAGUCGAAGAUGCCUGCGUUCCGUCACCUUGUGGCCCUAACGCGCAAUGCUUUGACGGUAUCUGUACUUGUCUACCGGAAUUCCGAGGAAAUCCGAAUGUAGGUUGCCGACCGGAAUGCGUCCUAAACGCAGAUUGUCCUCGCGAUAGAGCGUGUAUACGUAACAAAUGCCUGGAUCCAUGCCCCGGAGCUUGCGCUGUUAAUGCAUUAUGUACCGUGAUCAGUCACAUUCCCAUGUGCAGUUGUCCUGGAAAUAUGACUGGCAAUGCAUUCAGCCAGUGCACACCUCUACAAGACAUACCACUUGCUAAUCCAUGCAUCCCUUCAUCUUGCGGACCGAAUAGCGAAUGCCGUGUUAUAAACAAUCAUGCGGUCUGUUCCUGCAUAAGAGGAUAUUUAGGUAGUCCUCCGACCUGCAGGCCCGAAUGCAUAGUCAGUACGGAUUGCCCUCAGAAUGAAGCUUGUAAUAAUCAGAAGUGUACGAAUCCUUGUCCUGGAAGUUGCGGAUUAGGUGCAUCCUGUCAAGUAGUGAAUCAUAAUCCAAUUUGUAUUUGUUCACCCUCUCAAACAGGUGAUCCGUUUGUUAGAUGCUAUUUACCACCACCUCAAAUACCUGUAUUACCCAUUACACCAUGCAAGCCAAACCCGUGCGGUCCCAAUUCGCAAUGUCAACCUCGCGCUGAUGAAUCUGUGUGCACGUGUUUACCCGAUUUUAUCGGUAGUCCGCCAAAUUGCAGAGCGGAGUGCAUCAGUAACAGCGAAUGUUCUAAUCAUUUAGCCUGUAUUAAUAAGAAAUGUCGGGACCCAUGCAUUGGUUCCUGCGGUGCAAACGCUAAUUGUCAUGUUGUCAGUCAUACUCCGAUGUGUUCUUGUAUAAAUGAUUAUACCGGUGAUCCAUUCACUCAAUGCAUCUUAAGAGAACCCACACCAUUGCCGCCUGUACCAAUUGAUCCUUGUAAUCCCUCUCCUUGCGGUUCUAAUGCAGUAUGCAAGGAAUUCAAUGGUGCCGGUUCGUGUAUGUGCUUGCCGAAUUACACCGGCAAUCCGUACGAAGGAUGCAGGCCGGAAUGUGUCUUAAAUUCGGAUUGCCCUGCCAACUUAGCUUGUGUAAAUAUAAAAUGUAGAGAUCCAUGCCCGGGAUCAUGUGGGCGCAAUGCGUUAUGCCAGGUUGUUAACCAUUUGCCAGUAUGCAAUUGUUAUCCUAGAUAUACCGGCGAUGCCUUUUCAUAUUGCACUCCGAUAGAAAUAGAAGGAGAAAGUGCUGUCAGUAAUCCUUGCGAACCGUCGCCAUGUGGACCGAACAGCUUGUGUCGCGUUGUGGAUAAUACAAGCGUCUGCACUUGUUUACCUGAUUUCCAAUGGAUAGCUAAUCCACCAAAUUGUCGUGCUGAGUGCACUGUUAGUGCUGAAUGCGCUUUUAAUCUAGCAUGCAUCUCAUAUAAAUGUAUCGACCCUUGUCAUACAUUGUGCGGUACCAACGCAAGAUGCGAAACAAUUAAUCAUAAUCCCAUUUGCUCGUGCCCACCUAGUUUUACCGGUGAUCCAUUCGUUGCCUGCUUUGAAAUGCCAUCUAAAGAUGAAGAACCUCGUCCACUUGUGAACCCUUGCGCACCUUCACCUUGCGGACCUUAUUCAGAAUGCCGUGACAUUAACGGUCAAGCAUCUUGUGCUUGUUUGUCAACAUAUACAGGAACGCCACCCAAUUGCAGACCCGAAUGUUCAGUUAAUCCAGAAUGCCCGACUAAUCAAGCGUGUAUACAGAGAAAGUGUCGAAAUCCUUGCGACGGAGUUUGUGGAGUAGGAGCAAUUUGUAACGUCAUUCGUCAUACACCCACAUGUUCUUGCUCCAGUGGAUUCACUGGGGAUCCAUUUGUAACGUGUAGACCCAUUCCCGAGGAAGAUACGACACUCAAACCGACAAAUCCGUGCUUAAAUUGCGGUGCGAAUACGCAAUGCUUUAACGGUGUUUGCAGUUGCCUUCCCGAGUAUCAAGGAAAUCCAAACUUCGGAUGCCGUCCAGAAUGCAUCCUAAAUUCAGACUGCUCGAGAGAUCGGGCUUGCAUUAAGAAUAAAUGUCAGGACCCGUGUGGUCUUGGAAUUUGCGGUGUCAAUGCGUUAUGUUCUGUCGUAAAUCAUGUACCAGUUUGCACUUGUGCACAGAGAAUGUCCGGUAACGCAUUUGUGCAGUGUUCCCCAAUAGAUGACAUGGUAUUAAAAGAUCCAUGUAACCCAUCACCCUGUGGUCCGAAUAGUCAGUGCCGAAAGAUAAAGGAACAAGCUGUCUGUUCGUGUCUCCCUGGAUACUUGGACGCACCACCUAAUUGCCGAGCCGAAUGCAUUAUUAGUUCCGACUGCCUUGCUAACAGGGCCUGCAAUAAUCAAAAAUGCAUAGAUCCCUGCCCUGGAACGUGCGGCAUCAGAGCUCAAUGCACUGUAGUUAAUCACAAUCCGAUUUGUUCUUGUUCCUCCGAAUUAACUGGAGAUCCCUUCACUCAGUGUAUCCCAAGACCGAUAGAAUCUCCAACGCCCAUUAACCCCUGCGUUCCAUCUCCGUGUGGACUUAACAGUAAAUGCGAAGUUGUAAACGAUGCAUACUUCUGCUCGUGCUUGCCAGAGUUUAUUGGCGUCCCACCGCAUUGUAGACCCGAAUGCGUUAGCAAUAGUGAAUGUUCCACACAGCUAGCAUGCAUCAAUCAGAAGUGUCGCGAUCCAUGCCCGGGCUCCUGCGGUAUUAAUUCUGAUUGCCGAGUAAUAAGUCAUACACCUAUGUGCGUUUGCCUUGUCGGAUUUGAAGGAGAUCCGUUUAUACUAUGUAAUCCCAAGCAAAGCGACGCUAUAAAUGUUGUAAAACCAACACCUUGUAUUCCGUCACCAUGUGGGUUUAACGCGGUGUGCCGCGAAUCGAAUGGCGUUGCUUCUUGCACGUGUCUAUCAGAUUAUAUAGGCAAUCCAUAUGAAGGUUGUCGACCCGAGUGUACGAUAAACUCCGAUUGCACCGCGGAUCGAGCAUGCGUCGGAUCGAAGUGUCAGAAUCCUUGUCCAGGUUUUUGCGGAUAUAAUGCUAUUUGCCAAGUAGUGAAUCAUGCUCCGUUGUGCACGUGUCAACCUGGAUACAGUGGCAAUCCGUUCGUCUUAUGUAACACAAUUGUACAAGAUACGUCAUUAGAAGUUAAUCCAUGCAGCUCUUCUCCUUGUGGACUUAAUAGUCAGUGUCGUGAAUUAAAUGGUCAAGCGGUGUGUUCUUGCUUACCCACAUUUAUCGGAACCCCGCCGAAUUGUCGUGCGGAGUGUACUGUCAGUUCCGAUUGUUCCGUAAAUCGUGCUUGCAAAAAUCGUAAAUGCGUUGAUCCAUGCCCCGGAAUUUGUGGCAUUAACGCGAGAUGUGAAGUGAUUAAUCAUAGUCCGAUUUGCAGUUGUAAUCAAGGUUUUACCGGCGAUCCUUUUGUAACGUGUUUCCAAACGCUUAUAGACAAAGAUACUGUUCAAACGCCAACAAAUCCGUGCGUUCCAUCCCCUUGCGGUCCAUUUGCCACUUGUCGCAAUAGCGGCUACGCGGGCGUGCCGACGUGCACGUGCCUGGAAAAUUACAUUGGUAGCCCUCCAAAUUGUCGGCCAGAAUGUACUGUUGAUUCUGAAUGCAACAAUAAUCAAGCUUGCUUGAGACAAAAAUGCAGAGACCCGUGCCUUGGCUCGUGUGGUAUCGGUGCUCAAUGCCUCGUAGUUAAUCACAUGGCGGUCUGUCUCUGUCCGAAAGGUUACACUGGAGAUGCAUUUGCUAAUUGCUUUCCGGAACCUGCUCCUGCACCUAUACCGCAAGAUCUUUGUAAUCCGUCCCCGUGCGGAACUAACGCGGUAUGUCGCGACGGCGCUUGCACUUGUAUGUCUGAAUACCGCGGUGAUCCUUACACCGCAUGUCGACCCGAAUGUGUACAAAAUCCAGAUUGUCCAUUAGACAAAGCGUGCGUUCGUAACAAGUGUUUUGAUCCGUGCAUUGGAGUUUGCGGCCAAAACGCAAAGUGCACAGUCAUAAAUCACACUCCAAUGUGUGCCUGUCCAGAUGGAAUGUCCGGCAAUGCAUUUGCUGCGUGCUAUCCGGUCAUUCAAGAUCAAACUGUUAUUGAGAAUCCAUGUAACUCAUUGCCUUGCGGUCCAAAUAGUCGAUGCCAAAGCUUUAAUAAUCAAGCAGUAUGUACGUGUAUAGCUGGAUUCAUAGGAAAUCCGCCAGCUUGCCGACCCGAAUGCAUAGUUAAUACUGAUUGCGCACUGAACGAAGCUUGCAUCAACAUGAAAUGCGGCAAUCCUUGCCUUGGUGCGUGUGGUAUAUCCGCUCGUUGCCAAGUGUUGAAUCAUAAUCCAGUUUGCACCUGUCCUCCUGUAUUUACUGGCGAUCCGUUUAUACGUUGUGUACCAAGACCGGAGGAUAUUCCAAAACCGAUAAACCCGUGCCAACCAUCGCCUUGUGGUCCUAAUUCUCAGUGCCAAGUCAUCAAUGAUACUCCAUCGUGUUCUUGCAUGAUAGAGUUCAUUGGAACACCACCAAAUUGUAGACCGGAGUGCAUUAGUAACAGCGAAUGUCCAAGUCAAAUGGCAUGUAUUAAUCGAAAAUGUAGAGACCCGUGUCCUGGAUCUUGUCAUUCUCUGGCCAAUUGCUACGUCGUUAAUCAUGUGCCCACCUGCACGUGCCGCAUCGGUUAUACAGGCGAUCCAUUUGUUCAAUGCAUAAUCAUGCCCAGCGAACCACCGGCACCAAGACAACCUUGUCAACCAUCUCCUUGUGGAACAAAUGCCGUAUGUAGAGAACAAAACGGCGUCGGUUCUUGUACAUGUUUGCCUGAAUAUAUUGGAAAUCCCUAUGAAGGAUGCCGUCCCGAAUGUACCAUUUCGUCAGAUUGUCCCGCACAUUUAGCUUGCAUUGGAUCGAAAUGUCAGAAUCCAUGUCCUGGUUCGUGUGGUACAAAUACCAAUUGCCAAGUCGUUAACAAUAUUCCCAUUUGUACUUGUAUCCCUAGUUACACUGGCAAUCCGUACAUAAACUGCAUUUAUCAGACUGUCAGCAUUCCCGAUGAGAAGCGUCAACCAUGCGAGCCUUCUCCUUGUGGCCCUAACAGUCAAUGUAUCAAUAAUAAUGGUCAAUCUAUCUGUUCCUGCUUGCCCCAGUUUAUUGGAACUCCACCAAAUUGUAGACCGGAAUGUUUAGUAAAUUCAGAAUGUGGCUCGAAUCGAGCAUGUGUUAAUCAAAAAUGUGUUGAUCCAUGCAUCGGCACUUGUGGUCGCGAUGCUCAAUGCAAAGUCGUACAUCACAGUCCUAUUUGUGUCUGUGCAAAUGGCUAUACAGGCGAUCCCUUCAUCUAUUGCUUCGCGGUGGCAAUUUCAAAACCAGAAGACCAAUAUCUAAAGGAUCCAUGCUUGCCCUCACCUUGCGGCCCCAAUGCUUUAUGCAGAGUCAUCGGUGAUGCACCAGCGUGCAGCUGCAUGCAGAAUUACGUGGGUGUUCCACCUAAUUGCCGACCAGAGUGUUCAAUAAAUUCGGAUUGUCUCGCUAAUAGAGCUUGCAUCAGAGAAAAAUGUAGAGAUCCUUGUCCAGGAUCGUGUGGUUUCUUAGCGCGUUGUUCUGUUAUUAAUCAUACACCAUCUUGUGUAUGUUCUGAAGGCUAUACGGGCGAUCCCUUCAUCAGUUGCAACGUUUUACCUCAGAUACCUCUACUUCCCCCAGACCGAUGCAAUCCAUCACCGUGCGGUCAAAACGCACAAUGUAACAACGGAGUUUGUACAUGUAUAUCUGAAUACUUUGGAGAUCCUUAUGUCAGCUGUCGACCAGAAUGUGUGAUUAACACCGAUUGUCCCCGCGAUAAAGCAUGCAUGCUCCACAAAUGUCGCGAUCCGUGCAUCGGAACAUGUGGCGUUAACGCAGAAUGCAUUGUUGUUAAUCAUUUGCCCAUGUGUAGUUGCCCAAGAAAUAUGACUGGUAGCGCAUUCGUAUCGUGUACAUCUAUUCAAGAUUCAUCCAUUGUGGAACAACCGUGCAAUCCGUCCCCGUGCGGUCCAAAUAGCCAUUGUCGUGUGUCAAAUAAUCAAGCCAUUUGCGCGUGCAUUGCCGGCUUUAGAGGCACUCCACCAUCCUGUAGACCAGAAUGUCUCAUAAGUGCCGACUGCGCCCGCAACAGAGCCUGCAGCAAUCAAAAAUGCAUUGAUCCAUGCCUCGGUGCUUGUGGAUUAAUCGCACAAUGUACCGUCGUGAAUCACAACCCUAUAUGCAGUUGCCCGUCUUUGUACACGGGAGAUCCAUUCAUUCAAUGUAUUCGUCAACCAGAAGAACUACAACCGGUUGAUCCCUGUCAACCUUCACCUUGCGGUCCGAAUACGAUAUGUCGAGUCCUCAAUGGCGCUCCAUCGUGCUCAUGCUUGCCCCAAUUUAUCGGCACUCCGCCUAGAUGUAGACCGGAAUGUGUUAGUAACAGUGAAUGCCCUAGUCAACAAGCUUGCAUUAACCAGAAAUGCCGUGACCCUUGUCCGGGAUCAUGUGGCAGAAAUGCUGAAUGUAGAACUGUUAGUCACACCCCGAUGUGUAUUUGCGCCGGUGACUUUACCGGUGAUCCAUUUAUCCAGUGCAAUCCCCGACCGAUCGAUACACCGUUAGUUCCAUUAAAUCCGUGCCAGCCGUCACCAUGUGGCGCGAAUGCUAUGUGUCGUGAAAUUUCUGGCUCAGUUUCCUGUACUUGCCUGCCCGAUUUCUACGGAAAUCCGUACGAAGGUUGUAGACCCGAGUGUGUAAUCAAUUCUGACUGUACAUCCAACCGAGCUUGCAUAAGAAACAGGUGUCAGGACCCUUGCCCAGGAACAUGUGGUGUCAAUGCGAUUUGCGAAGUCAUCAACCACAUACCGGCAUGUAGCUGCCAAUCGAGAUAUACCGGAGAUCCAUUCAGAUACUGCGAGCUCAUGCAAGAAACUCCUCCGGUACCUGUAGGCGACCCUUGUCAAUUGUCACCGUGCGGUCCGAAUAGUCGAUGCCUCAAUGUAAAUGGAAAAGCUAGUUGUUCGUGCCUGCCCACUUAUCAAGGAAUCCCCCCUGAUUGCAGAUCCGAAUGUAUCGUUAGCACAGAAUGCCCUAUAAAUCGAGCGUGUGUUAAUCAGAAAUGCGUUGAUCCAUGCCCUGGCGUAUGCGGUAUUAACGCUAAGUGCGAUACCUUGUCCCACAGUCCAUUCUGCAGUUGCGGAACCAGUCAGAUUGGAGAUCCCUUCGUCAAGUGUUUCGAUACACCCUUGAUGCCUGUAUCAACACUACAAGUAAAUCCUUGCGUCCCAUCGCCUUGUGGGCCGUUCUCCACAUGUCAAGACAGGGGAGGCUAUCCGUUUUGCAUGUGUAUGCCUAAUUACAUCGGAUCACCACCUUAUUGCCGUACCGAAUGUUCAAUUAACUCUGAUUGCACUAGUAAUAAAGCUUGCAUUAGAGAAAAAUGCAGAGACCCCUGUCCUGGAUCCUGUGGUUUUAACGCCUUGUGCAUUGUAAUCAAGCAUACCCCGAUUUGUACAUGUCUCGAGGGAUACACAGGCGAUCCCUUCAGCAACUGUUAUUUGGCGCCCAUGCAAAUUCCUACAGUAACAUCAGACCCAUGUAAUCCGUCGCCAUGCGGACUCAAUGCCGAGUGCCGUAAUGGAAUUUGCAAUUGUAUACCUGAAUAUCGUGGUGAUCCAUAUCGGGAAUGUCGGCCAGAGUGCGUGCAGAAUUCUGAUUGUCCAUUCAAUAGAGCUUGCGCGAAUAACAAGUGCGUGGAUCCCUGCAUCGGAAUUUGCGGCCAGAAUGCGGAAUGCGCGGUCAUCAAUCAUGUAUCCACUUGUAGCUGUGUCAAGGAUUAUGAAGGCGAUCCGUUCACUCUCUGUAAACGUGUGCAAUCACGCGUCAAACCAUGCGAGCCCUCCCCUUGCGGACCUAACAGUGUUUGCCGUGAAUUUGGAGAUCAAGCCUCAUGUUCUUGUCUACCUGGUUACUUCGGUAUUCCGCCAAGUUGUAGACUCGAGUGUCUCGUUAGCACCGAUUGCGAGCAGAGCAAGGCUUGCGUGAACAUGAGAUGUCGCAAUCCUUGUGAAAACGCUUGUGGCCAGAAAGCGCUAUGCGUCGUGCGAAAUCAUAAUCCAAUUUGCAGAUGCCCCGUUCAGCAUUCCGGUGACCCGUUUAUCAACUGUUUUCCUAUAACAACACCGGACGUAGAACCCACCAGGGACCCGUGUUACCCUUCGCCAUGUGGAUUGAACUCGCAGUGCGCGGUAUCCGCCGAUAACACACCCUCCUGUUCCUGUUUGUCCACCUUUAUAGGAUCUCCACCCAAUUGUAGACCCGAAUGCCAUGUAAACAGCGAAUGUCCCACCAAUCGAGCAUGCAUUAAGCAGAAGUGUACCGAUCUGUGUGUUGGAUUGUGCGGAUUCAAUGCACUGUGCCAAGUCACUUUGCACCAAGCCCGAUGCACCUGUCCCGAAUCAUACACUGGAGACCCAUUCACAGUUUGCUCUGAGAUAAUAUCAAUACCAACACCGCCGGUACCAUCUAGACCGUGCAGCCCAUCACCGUGUGGAAUAAAUGCGUAUUGCCACGAGAGAUUUGACACAGCUAUUUGCGAGUGCGUACCGAAUUAUAGAGGGAAUCCGUAUCAAGGCUGUCAGCCUGAGUGCCUCGUGAAUACCGACUGUCCAAAAUCGCAAUCGUGUAUAAAGACGAGAUGUCAAGAUCCUUGUCCUGGUACUUGCGGCGUUGGUGCAACCUGUACCGUAUCCAAUCACGUCCCUAUCUGUUCUUGCCCACUGCCAAUGAUCGGAGACGCUUUUACACUCUGUCAAGUCCCUGUAGAAGAUACUAAAGAAACAGAUCCGUGUUAUCCAUCACCGUGCGGUCCGAAUACUGUGUGCGAGAAAGUUGGUAAUACGGCAAUUUGCAAAUGUUUGCCUGGACUACAAGGUGUUCCAACAAGUGUAACUGGUUGUCAUCCGGAGUGCGUCCUUAGUUCGGAUUGUCCGGGCGAUAAAGCUUGCAUACAGAGUAAAUGCAAAGAUCCCUGUUCUCAAAAUGUGUGCGGUAGCAAGGCAAUGUGUAAGACGAUCAAUCACAGCCCACUAUGCAGCUGUCCAUCUCCAUUGAUCGGCAAUCCUUUUGAAGAAUGUUAUACAAAGAUCGAAACCAAUCCUUGUAGUCCAUCGCCUUGCAAUUACAAUGGCGAGUGCAGAGUGAGAAAUGAUGUCGCCAUUUGCAUUUAUCCUGAAUGCGUUAUCAAUUCAGACUGUCCGCGUGAUAAAGCCUGCUUCUCGCAGAAAUGCAAAGAUCCCUGCAUCGGCGCGUGCGGCAUCAAUUCUAUCUGUCAAACCGUUAAUCACAAACCAAUCUGUUCAUGUCCAGUUGGAUUUACGGGUAAUGCACGAGUGCAGUGCACAAUUCCAGCUCUUGAAGAACCAAUCCCAGAAUGUACACAAAAUUCUGAAUGCUCAAAUGACAAGACCUGCUUUAAUCAAAAGUGUGUUGAUCCGUGUACUCUUGAUUCUUGUGGUCUUAAUAGUCGCUGCCAUGUGCAAAUGCACAGAGCUAUAUGUGUCUGCAAUGAUGGUUAUACUGGAUAUCCUCAACAAUAUUGCCAUCAACUCGGUUGUCGUAGCGAUAGCGAAUGUUCAUUAAUUCAAUCUUGCAUUAACAACGAGUGUAUUGAUACCUGUCUGGUUACACAGUGCGGUAUUAAUGCAAUGUGUACCGCUGAUGGAUAUCAUAAAACUCGAUGCUAUUGUCCUGAUGGAUAUACGGGUAAUCCUUAUGAAAUAUGCGAAAGACCUGAGUGUACUAGUGACAAUGAUUGCGUUCCAUCUUUGGCCUGCCAUAACUUAAGAUGCGUCAAUCCUUGCAAUUGUCCACCACCAUCAUUGUGCAAUGUUGUCAAUCAUCGACCAGUAUGUAAAUGUCCACCUGGUUACGUGGGUAAUCCUUACACUUCAUGUCUCAUGGAUCUGUUAGAACCAGAGACCGAAUGUCAAGUCGAUGCCGACUGUCCUAGCAAAUUGGCAUGUUUUAAUGGUAUUUGUAAAGAUCCAUGUACGGAAACGAAACCAUGCAUAGUUAGUGCCAAAUGUAGCGUUGUGGAUACUUUACCGAUGAGAACAAUGAUCUGCGAAUGUCUGCCAAACUUUGCUGGCGAUGCCACCGUUGCUUGCGCGCCAGUGGACAAACAAAUCGCUGUGAUAUGCGAAAGUGAUUCACAAUGUACACCGGACAUGGCCUGUCUAAAUCAUCGAUGCAUUAAUCCGUGCACCGUUAAUCCAUGCUCACCUAAUGCGGAGUGUCACAUCGAAAAUCAUCGCCGUAUGUGUCAGUGUCCUCACGGAUACGUCGGUGAUCCAUUCAUAAAUUGCUACGAAGGAAAUAUAGUUCUUGCGGAAUGCAGAACAAAUACCGAGUGUCCGUCCGACAAAGCGUGCAUAAAUCAGUUGUGCCAAGACCCGUGCUCCAGCAAUCGUUGUGGUCUAAAUGCGGAAUGCAUCACAAUUAAUCAUCAUCCUUCUUGUCACUGUCAGCACGGUUUAGCCGGUGAUCCACAAGCUCAAUGCUUCAGACCACAAUGUAAGGUAGACAACGACUGUCCUUACGACAAAACCUGCCGCAACGAUAAUUGCAUCUCUCCAUGUUUCAUCGGUGAUGUUGUGUGCGGUCGGAGUGCAGAAUGUAGAGCAGUAUCUCAUAGAGCCCAAUGUAUCUGUCCGCAAGGUACUCAAGGCGAUCCACGUGUGGCAUGUAUUUCCGCGAUCUGCCAUUAUAACGAAGAUUGCGCUGAUCACGAAGCUUGUGACAGACUGAAUAGAGUUUGCAGACCGGUUUGCAACGACGAUGCCUGUGGUGAAACCGCAAUUUGUAUCGCGCGCGAUCAUCAGCCGAAAUGCACAUGUCCUCCGGGUACCACCGGAAAUCCCUAUAUAACAUGUAUUGGUGAACCUUUUAUUGAGCCGGAAUGUACACAGGAUAGUGAAUGCUCAUUGAAUUUUGCUUGUAUUAAUACCAAAUGUCAAGAUCCGUGUAUAUCCGCUGGUAUGUGCACCAGUGAACAGCAGUGCAAAGUCCUGAAUACGGAACCACUUCGUACGAUGAUCUGUUUGUGUCCACCGAACACGAUCACUGAUGUUAAUGGCCAAUGCAAGCAAAUUGUAUUGGGCGACGUACAAUGCCAUUUAGAUCAAGAUUGCGCUAACUACGAGACGUGUCUGGAUGGAAAAUGUGUAGAUGCCUGUUUGACAACUCAGUGCGGUUUUAAUGCGCAAUGUAAAUCCACGUCUCAUACUGGUAUCUGCUUCUGUUCUCAGGACUUUACCGGCAAUGCCUACAUAGAAUGCGUAAGAGUUCCAGUCGUUCCAUUGCCAGGACCUCGACCAGAAUGUUAUACAAACAGCGAAUGUGCGCGCGAUAAGCAAUGCAUAAAUUCGCUUUGCGUAAAUCCGUGUGUUGCUGGUGAUCCAUGCGGCAAGAGCUCUUUGUGCCAUGUUGACAAUCAUAAUCCAAUUUGCAAAUGCCCAAUUGGCUAUAUCGGCGAUCCUAAAACCAAAUGCAUACCACCGGAGAUCACGCCCGAAUGUGUAUCAAACAACGAGUGCGCAGGAAACUAUGCGUGCGUUAACAAUGUGUGCAUUAAUCCCUGCAACUGCGGACCCAAUGCCAAAUGUAACGUCAUAAAUCACUAUCCUUCUUGUGUAUGUUCUUCAGGCUAUUCUGGAAAUCCUCAGUUAGCAUGUUUUAAGCUUGACUGUGAAUCUGACAGCGAGUGUAACUACGCAGCUACCUGUUACAAUGGCCAAUGUGUGAAUCCUUGCAUCUUGGACAACAAAUGCGCUAUCAACGCGGAAUGUUACGGCAAGAAUCAUCGUUCGGCUUGUCGUUGCGGUGUGGGUUACUACGGCAAUCCGCAAAUUCAUUGUGAGAGAGUUGAAUGUAGUACUGACCACGAUUGUCCCCACAAUCUGGCUUGCAAUGACGGUCGCUGUAUAAACCCAUGCACUGAGAAUUCACUUUGCGCGCAGAAUGCGAUUUGUUAUGUCCAAGAUCACAUUGCAUCGUGUCGUUGCCCCGAAAAUAUUCCAAUGGGAAAUCCAUUCUCUUAUUGCGAGCGGCAUACAGCAGUGGAAAUCGAGGAGCCUGAAUGUAAAGUCGACAUUGAUUGUUUAGACAAGCUGGUGUGCAUUCGGGAGAAAUGCAUCGAUCCUUGCCCGGUCAUCAAACCAUGUCUCGAAAACGCUCGUUGUGACGUUCUCGACACGGUACCCGUAAGAACCAUGAUCUGCACCUGCCCUGAGGGUUGGAUCACUGAUGUCGACGGUGUUUGCAGGCCAAUACAAUUGACGGUCAUUGGAACGUGUACGACAAACGACGAUUGCAGUGACCGUGAGGCGUGUAUUAACAGGCAAUGUCGCAACCCCUGCAACUGUGGUACUAAAGCCACUUGCUACGUAAAGAAUCAUAAACCGAUUUGCUCGUGCGAGCAGGGCUAUCAGGGCAAUCCCGAGAUCGCCUGUCAUUCUGUCGAGUGCCAACACGACAGUCAGUGCACGCUCGAUAAGACCUGCAAAAAUAAUAACUGUGUAAAUCCGUGCUUGAUCACAGAUUUGUGCGGUACCAAUGCUGAGUGCUUCCCGAACAAUCACGUGACCGACUGUCGCUGUCGUAAAGGCUAUCAUGGUAAUCCCUUGGAUCGUUGCCGCGUGAUCGGCUGUUACAGCAACGGCGACUGUCCAGGCGAUCACUCGUGCAUUAAUAUGCAAUGUAUCAAUCCUUGCAUACAUGAUAAUCCCUGCUCGCCUCGCGCGGAAUGCAGGAUCCUGAACCAUUUGCCUAUAUGUCGCUGUCCGUCGGGUUUCACCGGAAAUCCGUACAUCAAUUGCCAACCAGAAGUCAGACCUGAGUGCAGGGAAGACAGUGACUGUCCGGAUUCACUCGCUUGUUUGAGCAACAAAUGCCAGAUUCCAUGCCCGAUCAUACAACCGUGCACUGAGCCGUCUGAGUGUCGGGUUCUACCAACGCAUCCAAUACGCACCAUGGUAUGUGUAUGCCCUAGUGGAUACGUCAGCAGCGGCAGUGGUACCUGUCGGGCUACCAAACCGAUUCUGAAAAUCGAAUGUACCAAGGAUGAUGAUUGUCUUUUGGAACGCUCCUGCGUGAACGCGAUCUGUAAGGAUCCUUGCGCGUGCGGUCCUAAUGCGAUUUGCAAUGUCAUCAAUCACAAGCCGAUAUGCUCGUGCACGCUGGGAUAUGAUGGAAAUCCGGAUAUUCUUUGUACAAGAGUUGCAGGAUGCAGAACGGAUAGUGAUUGCAGCGGUUCACACGUAUGUAUUCAACGUAAUUGCGUGCCGGCGUGCUCGCCAUCCUUGGCUUCUUGCGGCAAGAACGCUGUAUGCCACGGCAUCCACCAUAAGGCUAUCUGCGAGUGUCCACCAGGUUUUGGUGGCAAUCCGCGAGUCUCCUGCGUCCUGUUAGGAUGCAGGUCUAAUUCCGAUUGUCCUACCAAUAAGGCUUGCAUUAACAAUCGCUGUGAAAAUCCCUGUGUACAGAAUCCAUGCACUAGCAACAUGGACUGCAAUGUUUAUAAUCACGUUGUGGAAUGUGCGUGUCCACCUGGCUAUAUCAGCGAUGUUAAAUCAGGAUGUACUAAGGUUAAGGAAAAGUGCAGGGCAGACAAUGAGUGUCCUUCCCAAACUGCGUGUUUCAACGGACAGUGCAUCAAUCCGUGCACUAAGAUCGCACCGUGCGGUAUUAACGCCGAAUGUAAAGUUCUGGAUACCAGUCCAAUUAGGACCAUGAUAUGCGAAUGUCUCCCAGGAUACCGUGGAAACGCGAUUGUCCGUUGCGAUCAAAUUCCAGCGGAAAUCUGUCCAAUCGGGAAAGGACAGAUUCGUGAUGAAUAUGGCAAUUGCGUCUGCCCGCCUGGAUUCGGUAAAGACGCAAAUGACGUCUGCAUACCUUGUCGCAGACAGUCUAACAUGGUGAUAAACGAGGAAGGCUACUGCGUGUGCGACUUAGAAAAAGGCUUUAGCAUAGAUGAAUAUGGUCGCUGCGUUUGUCCGACGCGAUACGGAUACGAAAUAGAUACCAAGGGAUAUUGUAGACAAAUUGGUGUAAUCGAAUGCAGACGUAAUGACGACUGCGCCGAUGACAGGUACUGCGAUAAAGUCACUCAUACUUGCCAAGAUCCUUGCAAGAAACAACAGUGUGGCGUGCACGCACUUUGUAACGCUACUAGACAUCAAGCUAUCUGUAUCUGCGUUAAUGGCUAUUUAGGCAAUCCAUAUACCCAAUGCUACGAUAGAAAAGAUGGCCGAACAGAUUUCCCUAGACCGGAAAUGGAUGUAAGUUGUCUAUCAGAUGGAGUACAAGUCGUAAUACAUCUGCAAGAUCAAGACUUCGACGGAGUCUUGUACGUUAAAGGUCGUAGCAAAGACGAACAAUGCAGACGAGUUGUCUCGAUACCAGCCGAAACUGAUCAUAAAACUGAAACGUUCAAAGUUGCAUUUGGCAAUUGCGGACUCAUACACGUGAAUGGACAAGCUAGCUUCGUGCUCGUUAUACAGAAACAUCCGAAAUUGAUGACUUACAAGGCACAAGCUUAUCAUAUUAAAUGUAUAUACCAAACUGGAGAACAAAAUGUUACUCUUGGUUUUAAUGUCUCCAUGUUGACGACUGCUGGAACAAUUGCUAACACUGGUCCACCUCCUAUAUGCGUAAUGAAAAUAGUUGCACAAAAUGGAAAUGAAAUCAACUCUGCCGAAAUAGGAGAUAAUCUAAUGCUUCAAGUGGAAGUUCAACCUUCAACUAUUUAUGGUGGAUUUGCGCGAAAUUGCGUUGCUAAAACAAUGGAAGAUAAUUUAGAGAAUGAAUACAUCGUAACGGAUGAGAACGGAUGUGCUACAGAUCCCACGAUAUUCGGAGAAUGGGAGCAAAAUCCUGAGACUCAAUCGUUAAUGGCUAGUUUUAAUGCGUUCAAGUUCCCUAGCAGUGAUAAUAUAAGAUUUCAGUGCAAUAUACGCGUAUGCUUUGGACGCUGUCAACCUGUAAACUGUCGUGGUUAUAAUGCUUUUGGCCGUCGUCGUAGAGACGUUGAUUCCGAUAUUAACGACACAUCUCUAAGUGUAUCCGAUGGAUAUGAAGGUCAACUUCGUGAAGAGAUAACUAUUCAAUCGAAUUUAAUAUUCACUCUGGAAAGAAGAGAGGAGAGGUAUACAGCAGAUCCAGCUGAAGCUCCUUCAGCACAAAGAGUGGAAGAUAUUUGUGUUUCUAUGGUCGGCUUUAUCAUAGCGUUAAUAAUUACGGCGCUUUUGGCAUUGGUUGCUGUAGCUAUUGCUGUGUCAUGCUGGCUCAUGGCGUAUCGACGUCAGCCAAAGACUGCUGGACCACUGCCACACCCACCAGAGUUCCCAAAUCCCUUGUUCACUACUGAAUCUGUAGCUGAACCUUCUCCUGACUAUCACCUAUCAUAA